UUUUGGAUAGCGGCUCUCGUUAGAUUUGCGUGAAGUGUUCAGGUUUUAACGGGGUGCCAGAGUGGAGCUGGUAGGAACAGGGACAGGCGGGUGUUUAAUGAGGAAAAGUUGGGACGUCAUCCUCCCCGACACAAAACGGCUCCCCAGCCUUCUGUGGAAUAAAAGCUGUCCGUCCAGUGCGCUGCGGAGGCGGCACAGGUGCUGGCUUGGAGAUCAGGAAGCUGUGUCAGCCACGGUUUGAGAAAGGAACAUGGCUUCCCAGGCUGAUCUGAUGGAACUAGACAUGGCCAUGGAGCCAGACCGCAAGGCAGCAGUCAGUCACUGGCAGCAACAGUCCUACCUGGAUUCAGGCAUCCACUCAGGGGCCACCACAACUGCUCCAUCCCUCAGUGGGAAGGGCAACCCUGAGGAAGAUGAUGUUGACAGCAACCAGGUCAUGUAUGAGUGGGAGCAGGGUUUCAACCAGAACUUCUCCCAAGAGCAAGUACAAGACCUAGAUGGUCAGUACGCCAUGACACGUGCCCAGCGGGUUCGUGCAGCAAUGUUCCCAGAGACUCUUGAGGAGGGCAUGCAGAUCCCUUCUACACAGUAUGAUGCAGCAAACCCCACCAAUGUCCAGAGGCUGGCAGAGCCGUCACAAAUGCUCAAACAUGCUGUGGUCAAUCUGAUCAACUAUCAAGAUGAUGCUGAGCUGGCAACAAGAGCAAUACCAGAGCUCACCAAACUUCUCAAUGAUGAGGACCAGGUUGUAGUAAACAAAGCAGCAGUGAUGGUUAACCAGCUUUCAAAGAAAGAAGCUUCUCGCCACGCUAUCAUGCGCUCACCUCAGAUGGUAUCUGCUAUUGUGAGGACCAUGCAGAACACAAACGAUGUGGAAACAGCUCGCUGCACUGCAGGAACACUGCACAACCUUUCCCAUCACAGAGAGGGACUGCUGGCUAUCUUCAAGUCAGGAGGAAUACCAGCUCUAGUUAAAAUGCUGGGUUCACCAGUGGACUCUAUCCUGUUCUAUGCCAUCACCACCCUCCACAACCUUCUCCUGCACCAGGAAGGAGCCAAGAUGGCUGUUCGUUUAGCUGGCGGGCUACAGAAAAUGGUGGCUCUGCUCAGCAAAACCAAUGUCAAGUUUCUGGCCAUCACCACCGACUGUCUCCAAAUACUGGCCUAUGGAAACCAGGAAAGCAAGUUGAUAAUCCUGGCCAGUGGUGGCCCCCAGGCACUCGUCAACAUCAUGAGAACUUAUACCUAUGAGAAGCUGUUGUGGACCACAAGCCGUGUCCUCAAGGUUCUGUCGGUGUGCUCCAGUAACAAGCCUGCCAUUGUAGAGGCUGGAGGCAUGCAGGCUCUGGGACUCCACCUGACAGAUCCCAGCCAGAGACUGGUCCAGAACUGUCUCUGGACUCUCAGGAACUUGUCAGAUGCUGCCACCAAACAGGAGGGAAUGGAGGGUCUGCUAGGAACUCUGGUGCAGCUGCUUGGCAGUGAUGACAUUAACGUGGUGACCUGUGCAGCUGGCAUCUUAUCUAAUCUGACCUGCAACAACUACAAGAACAAGAUGAUGGUGUGCCAGGUUGGAGGCAUUGAGGCGUUGGUUCGCACGGUGCUUCGGGCUGGAGACAGAGAAGACAUCACAGAGCCAGCUAUUUGUGCCCUGCGUCACCUCACUUCUCGACACCAGGAUGCUGAGAUGGCACAGAACGCUGUCAGACUGCACUAUGGCCUGCCUGUAGUGGUCAAAUUACUGCACCCGCCAUCACACUGGCCACUCAUCAAGGCUACAGUUGGUCUGAUCCGUAACCUGGCUCUCUGCCCUGCAAACCACGCCCCUUUGAGGGAGCAGGGCGCCAUCCCCAGACUGGUUCAGCUGCUGGUCAGAGCACAUCAAGACACACAAAGACGCACCAGCAUGGGAGGCACACAGCAGCAGUUUGUGGAGGGAGUACGUAUGGAGGAGAUUGUGGAAGGGUGUACAGGAGCACUUCACAUCCUGGCCAGAGAUGUCCACAACAGAAUAGUCAUCAGAGGACUCAACACCAUUCCACUCUUUGUACAGCUGCUGUAUUCUCCCAUUGAGAACAUCCAGCGUGUAGCAGCAGGCGUCCUGUGUGAGCUCGCUCAGGAUAAAGAGGCCGCUGAGGCCAUCGAAGCUGAGGGAGCCACUGCUCCACUCACAGAGCUAUUGCACAGCCGCAAUGAAGGAGUUGCCACAUACGCAGCAGCAGUUUUGUUCCGUAUGUCAGAGGACAAACCUCAAGACUACAAGAAGCGCCUCUCUGUAGAACUCACCAGCUCGCUCUUCAGGACAGAACCAAUGGCCUGGAACGAGACAGCAGAUCUGGGUUUGGAUAUCGGAGCUCAGGGUGAGCCUCUGGGCUACAGACCAGAAGACCCAAGUUACCGUUCUUUCCAUUCGGGGGGUUACGGAGGGGACACAAUGGGUAUGGAACCCAUGAUGGAUCAUGACUUGGGUGGAGGGCACCACCCUGGCCAGGACUACCCCCCUGUAGAAGGGCUGCCUGACCUGGGACAUGCCCAGGAACUGAUAGAGGGCCUGCCACCUGGCGACUCAAACCAACUGGCCUGGUUUGAUACCGACCUGUAAAUACCAAGACCAACAUUACACUACACUUUCUACUAGCUGUAUCAUGUGAUCUGGAUGAACCUGCAUCGUGAUUCGCCCAUAUGGAGGAGGCGAGGUUUCAGAAGUGCCUGAAGAUGACUCAACAACAGCAAGCAGAGUUUCCCGUCUACGGGGACUCCAUUGGGACAAACUAGAUUUGAGUGCGGUUUGGUUCUGGUUUCAGCCUGAUGGGGGCUGACCUCAAAUCCUGACAUGACACACAGAUUUUUCAAUAAUUAGUUUUCAAAUCCCUUUUAAUGUAAUUUUUUUUUCAUUUUUACUUUAUUUUUACUUUUUUAUUCCGUUUUCCUUAAGUCUGUAAUGGUACAACUGAAUCUAGCUUGCUUUUUCCAUUAUUCUGAAUUAUGAUACUCAUCUCUUGUUUUUGCAGUCCCUUGUAUUUUCAGUCUCUGGUAGUGUUGAGUUAUUAUUUUUAUUUUAUUUUAUUUUUUUUUAAGUGGUAAUGCUCCAUCCAAGUAAAGGAUCUGAUCACAUUUUAAAUGGUGUCCAAACACUAAAGUUAAUCAGUUGAAUUGUAUUCUGAUGAUCAAGUGUAACAUUGUGUAGCUUUUGUAUAAAAACAUGAAUUGGAAAUCAUGGUCCAAAUAUCAAGCUAUUUUCUUGCUUUAAAGGGAGACACUGAUGUCUCUGCUGUUCCAAAGGGGGUGUAGCUGACCUAGCUGGGUGGGAGUGUCUGAAAGGACAGGGGUGGAGGAGGGCUCCUAUUGGUCUGCUGUAAGUGGGUGGGGUAGUGAGAGGAGCUGGUUGCUGUAGCCUGCUGUGUUCUGAAACAAUAAAAUGGACUGUCAUUUCAA